UUUUAAAUUAUUCCACAAGAACCCUACGUCUUGUGGUGUAGGCAUUGUACAGAGGGAGAGAGUUCUCUUCUUAGAAUCAUCAAGGCAUAGCUUUCGUCACCCCCACUGCAAUGGAGAAGGUGGAGAGAAUUCUGUGGCGCGUGGUACCUGGUAUGAAGAGGUUUCUCAUCCUCUCCAAGACGCUCUCAUUUUCAUGUCUCCUCUUCCCAACUUACAUCUCAAUGAUCUCAUGGCUCCUGAGGAUCCGAUCUCCUCUCUCACGUCUCCUCUUCCCAUCUCUUCUCUCAUGGGCUCUCGUCAACUAUGUUCUUGCAACAUUCGCCUGCCACAGCUUCACCAAUCCAGCCAUCUUGAGUCGGAUUUUUGGCUCAUCCGAGACUCGCCGGAAGAUUUCUGACCUUGGCUUUGAGCGUCAUAUUCAGAUACUGGAGGGGUUUGGGUGGACGUUUUAUUUUGAUCUUUGUAUCCCACUUCUUUUGAUGCAUGAGAGUUGUUUGGCUUGGUUCGCUGCCCUGGUUGCUUCCUGUUUUUCCAGCCGGUUGCAGAGGUCUUCUAGUAUGAAGAAGCAGAUAAAAUUGAUAAUGACUUGGUGGGAAGAUGAUGAUUACAAAGAAGAAGAAUACGGAGAGGAGUUGAGGAUAGAGGAGGAGGAGGAGAAGGCUGAAGAUCAGUUGAGGAUAGAGGAGGAGGAGGAGGAGAAGGAGAAGGCUGAAGAUCUGAAGAAAUGGAUGGAGAAAGAAAAGCAUAAAGGGUAUAGGAGGAAGUGGGAGGAGGAGAAGGAGGAGAAGGCGAGGCUGAAUGGAGAGCUGUGUGUCGCAACCAAGUGGGCUGACUACUGCCAAACCUUUCUGCAGAACUAUGAAGAAGAGAGGCGAAAGUGGGAGGAAGAGAGGAGUGAACUGACUGCAAAGCUCUCUGCCGCACAGAAGUCCUCAGAUCUUUACCAGCAACUUUUGCACGAAUGCAGUUCUUUUUAA